AUGUGGCACUCGGUGGCUCUGCUCCUCUCUGGAUUCUCUGCUUUGAUCCACGUGUCGUUGCAGGGUCCUCACCAGAGGAACCUGCUUAAGAAUCUCAUGAAGGACUACAACCGGAUGGAGCGGCCGGUGGGAAACGACUCCCACCCUCUCACCGUUGUCUUCUCCCUCAGUUUGAUGCAGAUCAUGGACGUGGAUGAGAAGAACCAGGUGUUAACCUCUAAUAUGUGGCUACGGAUGAGUUGGUUCGACCACUAUCUCCAGUGGAACCAGAGCGAACAUCCUGGAGUUAAAAACCUCCGCUUCACCACAGAUCAGGUCUGGACGCCAGACAUCCUGCUCUACAACAGUGCAGAUGACGACUUUGACUCCACCUUUAAGACCAAUGUCCUGGUAAACUCCAGCGGCUUUGCCGAGUAUCUGCCUCCAGGGAUCUUUAUGAGCACAUGCAACGUGGACGUUCGCUGGUUUCCUUUCGACAUCCAGAAAUGCGAGCUGAAGUUCGGCUCAUGGACGUACGAUGGCUGGCUGCUGGACCUUCAAAUGAAUGAAGCUGACAUUUCAGGCUACAUGCCCAAUGGAGAGUGGGACCUAAUGGGAGUUCCUGGCACCAGAAAUGAGGUCUUCUACGAUUGUUGUAAGGAGCCAUACCCGGACGUGACGUUUGUUGUGACGAUACGGCGGCGAACGCUCUACUACGCCCUGAACCUGCUCAUCCCCUGUGUGCUGCUUUCUUCUAUGACCCUGCUCAUCUUUGUGCUGCCAGCUGACUCUGGGGAGAAGAUCUCACUGGGUAUCACUGUCUUGCUGUCUCUUACUGUUUUCAUGUUGCUGGUCGCUGAGAUCAUGCCAGCCACGUCCGACUCUGUCCCCCUUAUAGGACAGUACUUUGCCAGUAUAAUGAUCAUCGUUGGGAUGUCAGUCAUCGCCACAGUGGUGGUUCUGCAGUAUCAUCACCAUGAUCCGAAUGGAGGAAACAUGCCGAAAUGGGUGCAGCUCAUCUUGCUCCAGUGGGUAGCAUGGUUCCUGCGUAUGAAGCGGCCAGGAGAGAAUGAUGACCCAGAGCGCCCCCCGUGCGCCCCCCAUCUGCGUCGCUGCUCCUCCAGCUCCCAGAGCGGGAGCAUCCCCAACCCUCCGGACCCCACCCUCCAUCCUGCUAACAACAAUGGGAGCCUUCUUUACAUGGGCUUCCAGAGCAUGGAGGACCCUUUCUGUAGCUCCCCACCACCUCCUACCCCUAAUAUGGAUACUUUGGGCUGUCCCAGCACUGUCUCCAGUGGUGGGGGCUUUGGAGGUGGACCCGGAGGGCUUGGAGGAUGCUCGACUGCAGGGAUAGGAGACCCCCAGCUGCAGGCUAUCCUGGAGGAGGUGCGUUACAUGGCGGACCGUUUCCGAGAGCAGGACGAGGCUGAGAGCGUGGCUGACCAGUGGAAAUUUGCAGGCGCUGUAAUCGACCGCCUUUGUCUGGUGGCGUUCAGUGUUUUCAACAUCAUAUGCACCAUCUCUAUCCUCAUGUCUGCCCCAAACUUUGUGGAGGCUAUUUCAAAGGACUUCAUUUGAAAGCAUAGAGGGAAAAAGAGCAGGGGAAGUGUGAAGGAAUGGAUGAGGGGAAUAAAAUAUAGGAUGAAGAAUGGAUUGGGCCCGGAUCCAAGGAAACAUAAUUUCCAGCGUACUGUAGGCUCUGUGAUUUGUGAUUGCAAGGAACUGGGAAACAGAAAAACACAAAUGGUUUUCUUUGCAAUACAUUAUGUUCUGUAACUGAAAUAUAAGAAGAAAAGGCAUGAGGAAGGGGAUAAAGAGUGAAGUUAAACUGAGAUUAGGGUGAACAGGGUGCUUUCUCAGAUUCUCGUCAAGGUGAAAUGGAAUUUGUUUAAGUCGAAGACUUUCCCCCAAAGUUUAAGGAUCAAGAAAGAGAGGAUAUCAGUCCAGUGCAACCUCAAGUAAGCCAGCUCUUAAAGCAAGAAGGAGAUUGAUAUAGUAAGAUGGGAAAAGAGAGCAGCAGAUAGAUAGAGAUAGAUAAAUAAGAAAGACGUUUGGCUGUUUUAUUUUCUUGAGGAGGGAAGACAGCCCUUCACUCCCACAUGUUGAGGGAAGAUGGCAUCAUUUAAAGUGAUGUGAGAAAGAGAGGACAGGGAGAAGAAAAAGGGACUUUUACAAGGUCGGGAAGGAACGAGACUUCAUCCUUCGUGACAUUGGCAGAGUUAAGUGGAGUAAGCAGCGUGAUGCUCGGAUAUACAAAAGCGAACCGAAGAUCAAGAACGUUGCAGCAGAGAGGAACAGGAGAAGAUCUCAUCUAUUAUUCAAUCACAUCUUUCUAAUGACCGUCAAAUUGAAAGACUUCGGAUAAUCUUUAAGGCUAAUAAGCUUUUAAAAGAUGAAGUCCCCUCUCUACUCGCAAACCUCUUUAAAUUUCCAAGGUCUUAUCUCUUUCAGACGAUUACCAAUCUGCAACAAUCAGCAGAGAUCAAAAGCUCCUCAGCAGCGGGCACAGUUUCCAGCGCUUAUCAUGACUGGGAAACCGAAUUACCUGGGCAUCAGCACCGCGGUGGCCAGUGGCUGCACCACAGUGGAGAAAGUUACCUAACUGUAUCUGGCAGGCUCCAAAUAGCCUAACUGAUGUCGCCGGAUUUCAUAUUAAUGGUUUAAUGGCUGAAAUGUAGUUCAGGUUUUUAGAAGAACACAAUGGGCACAAGUAACACCCCAUCAAAUUACUGUCAGAUCAUUUCAGGGAUUUACAGCUUCAUGAGUGAUUUCACGUUUAUCUAAAAUAAGAUGAGUUUUUAAUAGACCUGUAUUUUCAUGAAAUUGAUUCCCUUUAAUAAAGUAGUGAUUUAAAAGGUUUAAAUUUAAACUAUGACCUUCACCCAAAGAUCAUCUAUGGCUGUGUCUUAAAUUUAGUUUGCCUUUGAAGGAAUUGAACUUCUUCUUCUACUUACUAAGAUUCAGACAACCAUAAAUGACUUUACUGUGUCUCUGCUAGCACUUUGAAUGUAUGCUGGAUGUUAGGUUAGCCCAGCUUAGCUCAGCUCAUUUCAUUAGAUGCCUAUGGGUUCAAGUAGCUGCUCCUACUAAAUGUUAAAAUUUUUCCUGUCUGGCCUGACCAAAGUGCAAGUUGUGUUAUAUAUUAGUAAUUUAGAAUUAACAGAGAAAUUAGAUUAUAUCAAAUGAACAAUCUGCUACUUCUUCUCACUAUAGCUGUUUCCAAUAUCAUUCAGUUUUUACCGUAGAGUGCGGCAUUUCUGAACACUGAGUACGAAAUUUAUGCGUGAUAUAGUGCCCCUGAAAACCCCCACAGUGGAAUCAGUGACAUGGAACAUUUCUGCAACAAUCCCACAAUGCAAUAUAUCACGUUUUACAUCUGGAAAUUACCACCGUGCGUCUCUGCAUCUGUUGUUGAUGAUGCAAAAUGACGAUUCUUACGUUUCUCAAAUGUCAUUUUUCUGUUCACCACAGAGUAAACUACUGCGUGUCUAUAAGGAAUAGUGAAGGAGGGAGUGAUAAUGCACACAGGCCAGGAUUAUGAGAGAAGGAUGAGUCAUUGAAAAUAGCUAGAAACAACAACUAUCCAGCUGCAAGUGUACCUUUAACAUCACCUCUGUACAAUUCAUUGCGGUUAAUUGUUGCAUUUCUCAGUGCUUCACUCAUCCAAGAUGGUGUCACAUUCUCCUCUUAUAAUUAUAUAUUGGUUUACAUGUGGAUACGGCUAUGGUACACAGCUGCUGAUAAUAACUAUAGAUAAGUCAGGAAAAAUUGUUACAAAUGUAGAAUUUUUCUGUAUUUGUGAAAACAGCAGUAGCAGUAUAAAUGGUAGUUUCUUGUGUCACACACAUACAAGCACCAAGCCUUCAUAGCCCACAUAGUUAUUUUUGUCAGAAAAAGGACACAAGUGGUUGAAAACAAAUGUUUAGCAAUAAACCCCUGAUAAAAUGUGUUUUUUGUGAAUUUGAGUGUCUGAUAUCUGUGAAUUGAACAAAGUUAAAGCUCACUCCUCAACCAUAUAAACUCUAAGCAGAGACACAAGUAAGUCAUUCCUCAUUUUGCUUGGCCGGUAGCAGAAGAACUUCCUCAAAAACCAAACAACCCUUUAAAGCCUUUAAUUUAUCUAAUGCUAACCUUAACCAUGGCCGUACAAGGUCACCAUCCUUCAUUUUACUUUGUGGUUAGACCCGGGCCAGGUGUGGACUCGACCCUAACACCCCCCGACCGUGGGUCAGUGAAUGUAAACAUUUAGAUCAUGUAUGUUGACUGGGAGCUGAAAGCGGAUCCUCUCUGGGCACCUGGUUCUGCCCUCCAGCGUCCGCAGACCGCGAUGCUGCAGACUCACCAGCGGCGUCUUCUCUGCUGCAGCUGCCGAUUUGGCUCUUUUCAUUUGUUUCGUUAAUCAUAACUUCAUCAAAUGUGACUUUUGAUUUCACUCUGUAACGAUUUCGACUUUAUACGUAGCGAAAGUUAAAUACCUGAGUAAAAGAAAAUACUUAAGUUAGUGUGAAAUUACUUAUUUUUUAAAAAUACUCUAAAAAGUACAAGUAGACAAACGCAAACGUAAAACGACUUUGUUUCAGCAACAAGAGAAAAUGUAAGUUGUUACUUCCACCCCUGCUUAAACACGAGCAAAUGGU